UUUUUUUAAUGUUGGGACAAAACUUGCGGACUUUUUAAAGUUCGAGCAUUUUCAUAUUUUUGCGGACUUUUUUGAAUUUUUGCGAACAUUUAUAUAUUUGCGGACACAGCUUGCGGGCAUUUUUUUUAAUUCCAUGGACAACACUUGCUGACGACAUUUUUGCAUCUGCGGGCAUUUUUCUUUAUCCUUUCAAAAUUUUAUCUAAUUUCCCUAAAAAAUAUUUUUCAGCUUCUCAAUUCGUCGCUUCAGCAACGGCACGCUCUUUCGUCAACAGCGUCACUAUGAGAAUAAAUUUUGGGAAGUUGUUAGUAAAAUACGAGCGGAGAAAAAUUUGCGUCAGCCUGAUGAUCGGAUUUAUACGCCUGUAUUUAUUUCAAAAAUAAUUGACGAGGAUGCAGCAAAAGAAUUAAUGAGCGCCCUCCCGCAGAGAUUUCAAUUGGAAACACCAAAAUUGCUUUUUAGACUUUCUGAACAUGGAACAUCUUUUGUUCAGUUAUGGACUCGAAUUGAGCAGGCAGAUCAAUCCUUAUUAAUAAUAAAAUCAACAACUAGAGAAGUUUUUGGUGCUUAUGUGUCUAGUUCUUGGGCAGAAAGAAACGAUGUUCAUGAAAGAGCUAAAGCUAAAUAUUUUGGAACUGGGGAAUCUUUUGUGUGGCGUUUGGACGAUGAAUUAAAAUUGCCGAUAAUUUAUACUUGGUCUGAUCAACUUUGUGAUAACUAUUUUAUGGCGGCACACGAUAAAUUUUUAAUAAUUGGAAGUGGUGGAGGUGAUGCAAUUGCAAUUCGUGAUGAACUUGUAGAAGGGUCAAGUAGGGCAUCUAGAACUUAUCAGUCACCUGAACUAGUUUCUGGAGGUUUGUGA